AUGUCAGAUCCAGGCCCCAAGCUAGGAGGUACGACCACUGCGCUGUUGGUUCUAGCGUUUUUCUUUGUGGUGUUACGCUUCGCCGCGCGCUUUAAGCGUGGCCUGACAUACGGAGCAGACGACUGGAUGAUUACAGCUUACUUUAUGCUUGGUGUACAGUUUGUUUGCUUCGCUGCUGGAGGACUCAAUUAUGCCAUGAUUCGUUGGGGGUUAGGAAGGCAUGCUAUCACUCUGCCUCCCGACAACGUCGCCGUAGUGCUAAAGCUCCUCGUUGCCUUUGAGUGCGUCUACUGCACUGGCAUAGGGCUGAUCAAGCUCUCAAUACUCAUGAUGUACAUGCACGUCUUCCCGACGAGAAACUUUCGAAUCGGCGCAUACAUCUUAGGAUUUGUGACGAUUGGUUGGGUCAUCGCCAUCAAUUGCGUCAGCAUCUUCCAGUGCAAUCCAAUAGAAAAAGCCUGGUUGGGCCCCGCAAUCCCCGGCACUUGCAUCAAUCUCAAGGCCUCAUUCAUUGGGAACGCCUUGCCCAACAUCUUGACAGACAUCGCUAUCCUAUGUAUGCCUGUUACCCAGGUGUUGAAGCUUCAAGUAUCGAACGCCCAACGCGCAUCUCUGAUCUUCAUGUUCUUGCUCGGAGGAUUUGUGCUUUUCGCCAGCAUCUACCGCUUUACGACACUUAUGCAAUUCGAUAUGGCCGACACAACGGGAACACUGGCAACAGCGUGCACCUGGUGUGUAGUGGAGGUCGCAUCUGGUAUCAUAAGCGCAUGCCUGCCCACGCUGCGUCCACUUAUGCUCCUCGUUUCGUCGCAAUUCAGCAGUACUCGGAACCGGUCUGGCAAGGGGUCGGCUACGGGAGGGUGGUCGCACAAGACAGAGCUCGUUACUAUUGGCGGCACAGAGAACAAACGCAACCAGGACUUUACGCGCCUCAAGGACAAUUACGAAAACCACAAGGAUGGCGUUACUAUACAUACGCGUGAAGGUCGCGAUGACGCGUCGUCGUUAAGUGAUGACGAUCUACCUCUAGCUAGUGCAACAUACCGACAGAACGUAGGGCUUAGCUCGACCUGA